AUCAAGGAAAUAGGCCGAGUUUCAGAGAACGACGCUGCUCAGGGAGCACCAGCCUCCACCCGCCCCUGCCCGCCUGGCCGGCUGCUGCCCGCUGCUGUGAAGGGUUUGGCGUGGCGCUAGGGCGCGCAGCUGGCGCGGGGCAGCGGCGGCGAUGCCGGACCCCGCUGCGCACCUGCCCUUCUUCUACGGCAGCAUCUCGCGCGCCGAGGCCGAGGAGCACCUGAAGCUGGCGGGCAUGGCCGACGGCCUCUUCCUGCUGCGCCAGUGCCUGCGCUCGCUGGGCGGCUACGUGCUCUCGCUGGUGCACGACGUGCGCUUCCACCACUUCUCCAUCGAGCGCCAGCUCAACGGCACCUACGCCAUCGCGGGCGGGAAGGCGCACUGCGGCCCCGCCGAGCUCUGCGAGUUCUACUCGCGCGACCCCGACGGGCUGCCCUGCAACCUGCGCAAGCCGUGCAACCGGCCUUCGGGGCUGGAGCCGCAGCCCGGGGUCUUCGACUGCCUGCGGGACGCCAUGGUGCGCGACUACGUGCGCCAGACGUGGAAGCUGGAGGGCGAGGCCCUGGAGCAGGCCAUCCUCAGCCAGGCGCCCCAGGUGGAGAAGCUCAUCGCCACCACGGCGCACGAGCGGAUGCCCUGGUACCACAGCAACCUGACGCGUGAGGAGGCCGAGCGCAAACUCUACGCGAGCUCGCAGACCGACGGCAAGUUCCUGCUGAGGCCCCGGAAAGAGCAGGGCACGUACGCACUGUCUAUGAUCUAUGGGAAAACCGUGUACCACUACCUCAUCAGCCAGGACAAGGCCGGCAAGUACUGCAUACCCGAGGGGACCAAGUUUGACACGCUCUGGCAGCUGGUGGAGUACCUGAAGCUGAAGGCGGACGGGCUCAUCUACUGUCUGAAGGAGGCCUGCCCCAACGCCAGCGCCAGCGCCAGCACAGGGGCCGCUGCUCCCACCCUCCCCGCCCACCCAUCCACGUUCACCCAUCCUCAGAGACGGAUCGACACCCUCAACUCAGAUGGAUAUACCCCUGAACCAGCCCGCCUAGCGUCCCCAGAGAAGCCGCGGCCCCUGCCCAUGGACACGAGUGUGUACGAGAGCCCCUACAGCGACCCCGAGGAGCUCAAGGACAAGAAACUCUUCCUGAAGCGCGACAACCUCCUUGUAGCUGACAUCGAACUUGGUUGCGGCAACUUCGGCUCCGUGCGCCAGGGCGUCUACCGCAUGCGCAAGAAGCAGAUCGACGUGGCCAUCAAGGUGCUGAAACACAGCACAGAGAAGGCGGACAAGGACGAGAUGAUGCGCGAGGCGCAGAUCAUGCACCAGCUGGACAACCCCUACAUCGUGCGGCUCAUCGGCGUCUGCCAGGCGGAGGCCCUGAUGCUCAUCAUGGAGAUGGCGGGCGGCGGGCCGCUGCACAAGUUCCUCACCGGGAAGAAGGAGGAGAUCCCCGUGAGCAACGUGGCGGAGCUGCUGCACCAGGUGUCCAUGGGGAUGAAGUACCUGGAGGAGAAGAACUUCGUGCACCGCGACCUGGCGGCCCGCAACGUCCUGCUGGUGAACCGGCACUACGCCAAGAUCAGCGACUUCGGCCUCUCCAAGGCGCUGGGCGCGGACGACAGCUACUACACCGCGCGCUCGGCGGGGAAGUGGCCCCUCAAGUGGUACGCGCCCGAGUGCAUCAACUUCCGCAAGUUCUCCAGCCGCAGCGACGUCUGGAGCUAUGGGGUCACCAUGUGGGAGGCCUUCUCCUACGGCCAGAAGCCCUACAAGAAGAUGAAGGGGCCCGAGGUCAUGGCCUUCAUCGAGCAGGGCAAGCGGAUGGAGUGCCCGCCAGACUGUCCGGCUGAAAUGUAUGCGCUCAUGAGCGACUGCUGGAUCUACAAGUGGGAGGACCGCCCGGACUUCCUGACUGUGGAGCAGCGCAUGCGGACCUACUACUACAGCUUGGCCAGCAAGGCUGAGGGCCCCCCGGAGAGUGAGAAGGGGGCCAAAGCUGCCAGUGCCUGACACCCCCUGCCCAGGCCCUGCGGGCCCCUAGGCCCAGCCUUUCCUCUGUGCCUUCGGCCCCAUCCCAGGAUCCAGUGUGGCCGGGCCAGGCCAGCUCCUCCCCGCAGCUGGGCUGUGAGUGGGAAGCUCAGGCCGAGGCCCACACGGGUUAGGCGUGUCCUACCUGGUCACCCGUCCUUUCUGGCUGCGGGAGGAGGGAUGCCCUGAGAUGGGGGUGGGGUUGUGUAGCCUGGCCCCGGGCGGGUAUGUACUGGGGGGCCCUGAACCGAGGGGUGCUUACAACAGGGACCCUCCUUCCUCGCCCUGAAGGGGAGGACUCUGGGAGUCCUCAGGUGGCAAGACCUUAACCAUGGAAUAAAUCAGCUUCUCUCUUGUC